AUGAUGACAGCAGAGGGACGCAAGUCUCCUGUCCACGUCCAUGUGGACAGAGAGACCCCUGUUCAUGUGCACCUUAAAAAAAAGAAAAAGGGAAAGCCUGGUGUUCCAACAGCUGUAGAGGUGUGUUCAAAUUCUGUAUUUUUUCGGAUUCCUAAGAAAAUGUGAAGACAUUUGCAAGGGUACAACAAAUUGGUCUACUUGCCAACAUUUUUCAAGCACUGCAAAAUAAUUAAUUGAUAAGAAGGAGAAUCACUCAGAAAAUUAAUUAACCUCCUUGAGAAAAAAAAAUAGAAUUGGGGAAAAGCUGAGGCACUCCCUUUUAUGGCCUGUACAGGGAUGUGCUGCUGGACAGGGAAUGAUUUUCGACCUCUCUCUCCUAAACAGGGCAUAUAAUUUUGUGCAAGUCUGUUCUUAACAGGGUAUGUAAUUUUGUGGGAGUCUGUCCUGAUUAUAAACAGGGUAACUACCUGCACAAUUGAUUUGAUUUGCCUGAUGAAAUUUGUUUGUCCUUUAUACAAAAGCAAUGACUAUAAGGUGAAUUUGCUCUAUUGCAAUUGCCAGUGAAUAGCCUUUAAAACAAAUGGCAUGCAUUUUGUCCUUUAUCCCAAACAGGGUAAUAAAAUUAAGGAUGUUGUCCUUAAAGGGUAUAUAUUUUCCUUGGCGGUUCACCUAUACCAAAAUAUUAGUUGAGUACCCCUCCCUGGGAGGGAGGGGGUGGGGAAGAGCUAUUGUAUGUUGCAUUUGUUGCAAAAACCCUAUCCUUAUAAAGUCUCUCCCAUUGGUUUUAGCCAAGAAAUUAAAAGUAGGCAUCCACAAGCAAUGCCAGUAAAAGCCCCAUGGUACCAACUUCGUGGUGUUUGUCAAGGCAAAUCUUCCUCUUUCAUAUGCCCUUAGACUAACCUACUUUCUGUUCUCCUUCAAUAAAUAAUUAAAAAAUGUUUAGAACAUGGAACUUCCUUUAAUAAGUGAGGCUGAUGAUUCUUUUUAUAGCAACGACUCAAGACCAAGAGAAUGAGUGGUUUCACAAAAUCUGUCGUAAGUACAGUUAUAUGUGGUUUGGAUACAAGCUUGUUAAUUUUAUAUACUUCCAUGGACCAUUCUGGUUAUAUCAGAAUAAAACUGUGCAUAGAAACAUGCAGUCUGCUAAUGUGAGGUAUUUAUUUAGACAGAAUCCAUCAGAAAAUUGAGUAAUUUUAAUUUUCAGUGGACAAAAACCGUGUAGCAGAAUAUUCAAAGCCAUAUCACAUUGUUUUUUGCACUUUUCAAGGGCCAUAUAGAGGUAAUUUGUUUUCUAUAAUAACACCAAAGACAAUUUCUUAUGCGAGCCUGUGGAAAUAAAUUUCAAAUUUCACAGGAAUUGAGAAAACACAGGUAAAAUCAUCAUGCAUAUUAGGUUUCAUUUUGUAAAAUUUGAAGUUUUUGAAGUUUGUUUUCUUGGGCUCCUAUAAGAAACUUUUCUUUGGAGUUAUUUCAUAAAACUUAUUACAUUUAUAGCUCUCAAAAACUGUAAAAAAGAAUGCAAUAUGCUAGAAAUUAUUCUGGUACAAGGUUUCUGUCCACUGACAAUUAACAAUGAUUAUUCAAUUUCCUGAUGGAUAUUUCCAUCUUAAUAUAUUUUACAAAUCAAUGCAUUAUUGGGCUAAUUACUAUUUUAGUACAGCAAACGUCUGUCCAAGACACCAAAUUUUCCCAGUCAAAUCACUACAGUAUGUUAAAUCUCUCGUAUUAAGCGACUGUGACCACAUUUUUUGAUGACAGUUCUAGAAUUUUCCAUUGUUUUUACCCUCUUGUUAGCAACUCAUUGACAAAUGGUUUGAUCUCUAUGUUCACUGAAUGUACCACACUACUCAGAGUAUGCAAAGAACAGCCACAACAUUACAGAAUAUCAUUUUUUGAUACAACAUGAACAAUGCUGUGCUCUAAGAAAAAUUGAAGGGACACCAGUGCUCUGAAUCUGUAAAAUGCAGGGUGCCCAGCAUAUGAUUUGUUUGAAAAAAACUAAGAUAGUCGCCCAAGAUCAAAAGUUGGGUGCCAUGGGCUCUGCUGACCCUAACCCCAACCCUAGCCCUAAGAUCUUUACAUAUUGUAACUUAGAAAUUGCGUGGAAUGAAUCUCUUUCAAAAUGUACAUGUAAAUUAAUGUGAAUGAAUUCUCAUGCAGUGGAACCUCGCCUUGGAAUGAACGGCCAUAUUCUUUCAAACCAAAUGUAAAAACCAUUGAGUCAAAUUUUAAUGUGAAUGAAUUCUCAUACACCAGAAUUGACCACCUCGGUGGUCGAUGGCGAGGUUCUACUAAAUAUUCCCACCAUUGGUCACUUACAGGGGGUUUAACUGUAGUCUGUUAAUAAACGCUCCAAUUGCAAGUCUCAGGUCAAAAAUAAAUAUUAUAACAAUUUAUCAUUGUCAUUUUGAUAUUAUUAAAAUUGUUUAUUUGUAAAAUUGACUUGGCAUUUUUGAUAUUCUUGACAUUUCAGGGACAGAGGAAAGCCAUGAAAUCCUCAGGCUCUCCACCUUUUGUACCCCCUCCUGGAAGAACAUCAAGGAGGCCCUUGGCUUGGGAGGUUGGUAACCUUUUUUUCCAUAAAAAUGAUGUAAUUAUUAUAGUAAAUAAUUAUAAGCCCUCCCUCUUGGUCAGUAAUAAGAGUUUUUUAGUUUCAUAGAGUCAAGGAAAUGUGUUUUUGUCAAGCCUCACCGGUAGGGACUUACUGUUGUCCUUUCAUCAUCAUCAUCACCACCAUUACUAUUUGUGCAAAUGGCACUAGUGCCAUGAUGUACAGUCACUGUCCUCUAGCAACAAAGAAAUCUUAGUUUUGGCAUUCAACUUUCUCUUUAUUAUUUAAUUAAAUUGAAUAACCUUGACAUUUUUACGUUCAAAUCUUUUGGACACCUUACAUUAUUCAGGGUUUGCACACUCCUUGAAAGUCCUUGAAAAUUGCAGUCAGUGCUGGAAAGUCCUUGAAUUUCGGUGCUGCCUUUAUCCAAACCAGAUUCUCGGGUAGCUAAACUAAGAAGGAGCAAACACAGAUUGAAAGGCCUUCAGGAUGAAAUUGCUCAUGUUGUCCAAGAACAAAAAGUAAAGACUCAAGGUUCUUUUUUUGCACUGAAUGGAGUCCUUGAAAAGUGGGAAAUGUGUUCUUGAAAAGUCCUUGAAUUUUUUGUUCAAAAACGUGUACGAACCCUGAUUAUUCUUCUGAGUUAUUAAAAUGAUGUUACCUUGUUUCCUUCUCAUUAUCGUACAUUACUACUCUCAUACACAAAGGAAACUGUGUAUGUACAUGUAUUCUUUGAACCAAGGUCUACAGCUGUGGGAUUCAGGGCGCAAACAAAAGCCCCAUCAAGUAAUCCAGAACUAGUAGAAUUUCAACCUGGGCAGGUGAUUUUUAGAACUCCACUCCCUUGCCCACCUUUAAGGGUUCAGGCAAUUCAUACUCUGACAAAAUCAUUAACUGAGACAAAGAAGAAGUGACCCAGGGUAAGCAAAAUGCGAGAGCUGCUUGCCCAAAGGAUGAGCUGGAAUUCAAGUUUUUUUUUGAGCCGGCUGCGAUUAAGAUAAUUGAAGCACAAAGUUAAAUAUUAUAUGCACAUAUAUUGCAUUUUAAUUUUGUAUUUCAGCUUUACUUUAUUUGCAUUUAUUAGGGUAGUUCUCAUCGUUUGGAAAUAAGUCCUCCUGCUGGAGGUGGAACUUUACGAAUGGAAGAUCUUUCAACCUCUGAGGUACAAAGUAACAGACCUGUCAUGAAAAUCAUUGUAAUGUCCCUUUAUAUGCAACAAAAAUUGAACACUUUUAGGAGUAAAUUCAAUACUUACCUUUGCAGAAAUACAGUACCUGUACUGAAACCUUGUUAAUGCAGACACUGCUGAGGGGGCCAGAGAAAGUGUCCUUAUUAUAAACAGGCUGUCUGUAUGAAGCAGGUCACGUUAUUUAAAUAAAAAAUAAACGCUCCUUUUAUUUGAACAAAAUAAUAAACAAAUAAAACAGGACAAUAGCUUUGUCAAAUUACAGUUUUGUAAACAUUAUUCUCUAACCUUUACAAAGCAUUCACUAAUUGCAGGCUAAGUCCGUGGAAACACUCAAAAGUUGCUCAUCUAUACAUUGUAGCAUGUACCUACUCAAAGACUGUUCUCUGUAUGUCUCCUUUGAUGCCAAAAUAGUCUGAAAUUGACAUCUACUGACUACAAUUAUUCAUCCUUUCAUGUGUACUGUGGUGCUUGAAACACUAACAUGCUGUCAACGCUAUUUACUUUUAAUAUUAAAGAAGUUGAAGUGUUACAGCUGUAAAUGUAAAAAGUAUGUGGAAAUAGGUUUGAUAGAGCAAGGUUUGUAAGAGCUUGAUCAAAGUGUAAAAGUAUUUUUAUUUUAUUUGUAUGAAUACUCUAAAACUUACCAGGAAGAGGAAGUAAAUGGAAGGAUAAGAUCUUAUGAGAAAAAAAUUGGCAGUUUGAUGACAGAAGUUGGAUCCCUGAAGAGUGAGGUUUGUCAAAGUUUAAGUCCUCAGUCAUGACUAAUUUUGAUCUUACCAAUUUUACACUUCCACCAGUUUCCUACCCAUCCCAUCAAAUCCCAAUAUGGUCUUACCCGUUUACUUGCAUGUGCAUGCAAUGGAUAGAAAUAGACUUGCCCAUGGUCUCUUAGUUUAUAAUUCGUUCUCUGAGGGCACAGUCUAUACACAUACUCUUGUUUCAGAGUCUGAAUAAUGGCCACUUUGAAAACAUAAGGGACCCUUCGAUGUUUUUUCCAACUUUUGACUGGGUACAGUUAGCAAAAAUCCGUCAUCACAGCUAAAAAGAACGCCUGAAAAUUAGUAAGGAUGCCAAGUUUGAAGGUGAUUAGCUUUAAAUUAGCAAAGAAAUAGCUUCACCAAAUUUUACAGACAUUUGUAUGGUGGGGGCAAGCUCGUGACCCAAGGCCCCCCCCCCCCCCUCCAACUUACAAACGUCUGUAAAAUUUGUGACUUUGUGGAGCAAUUAUCUUAACUGGCUUUUAACGAAUCACCUUUAGACUUGGUAAGUUCCCAAGUAUUUAAGCACUCUUUUUUUUCUUUUCUCCAAAAAUACCGUCAUGCAUUUAUUUUCAAGAUGACCACUAUCAAAACGUUUCACUGGACUCUGGAAUAGACUGAGAUAAUGGAUAUAGAUGGUGUUGAAGUGUUAAAACACUACAUGUGGGGAUAUUUAAAAACCGUCUUUUUUUCAAGGGUGUCUUAAAUCAUGUUCCGGCCUUGAAGUUAGCACUUUGUACCUUUUUGUUAGAGGGAUAUUCGUAGGGCCAGACAAGCUGUAGAAAAGAAAGAUGAGCAGCUGAAUGCUUCUAGAAGGAUUCUUGAGGUGCAAGAAGAUGAACUUCUGGUAUGCCAGUGUUAUUGUCUAAUUUCUUUUUGAUGAGUCCUUAAUCAGGUUUUUUUACAUGUGAUAGUAGUUUACUGGUCAUUUUAUAAAUUGAAAAUGGUCUUUCAGCAACUAUUGAUUGCCAGAAGGCUAUGCAAACCACAAGGCCUUAGCUAGAGCUGUACUUUGCCCUUUAGGGUUACAAGCAAGAAUUGAAAGCUACUGUCAAGGAAAAUGAGGCUUUACGACAUUCAAUAGAGAAAUGGAAAGAAGAUGCCAAUGUAUCAAGGUUGGUGACAUGUGUCAAAAUCUGCAAUCUGCAAGAACAUGUAACAUACUUUCUGUGUCAGGGUGUCAUUUGGGAUUUUGUGCCAGGGUUCCUUUUAUUAAAAUAGAAGAAAAAUACAACCUGUGCAGCCGUUUGUGCUACUUGUUGUAUUUACCCGGCAACUUGAAAUCUUAGUGACAACCCUGAAUUGUUUUAUGCUAGGGGUUCCUGUAAAAUAGUAGGUAACCUGUGCAGUGCAACUAUUUUCAAGCGUUUUUUGCAAAAUCGUCUACCAUGCUGAUACGAUACAAUAUGUAGUUCUUAAGAGAAUUUUCCACAUCUGAGUUGACUUUUUUUCACCAUUUUGCUUACUGCGUCACCUUGCAGGACGGAAGUGGGUAAAUUAGCUGGAGAGAGAGCUUCACUCUUGAAGAAACUAGUAGAGGUGGAAAUGGAUGGCAAGGCAGCUGGCGAACAACUAAUAAAACUAAGAGACACUAUUCGAAAGUUAAAGGAGGUAAAGCUAGUUAGCAUUGCCUGAACAGAACUUCUAACAUGAUCAAUACUGCCUUAAUUUUACACAAAACUAACGAUUUCUUAGGCACGAAAGUCGUUCUUCUUUUUCCAACCAGGACAAACGCAUGUCAGCUGCUGAUACUACGCUGUUGACAAGACAAAGAGAAAUGUUGCUUCAGAAGUUAGACGAGUUUGAAAGAACUAACAAAGCGUUACGAAGACUACUUAGAGAACAACAGGCUACAGAGGUAUUGCAGAGCAACUUGAUCCUUUAUAAUUCGCGCUGAGGCUUUUGUAGUCUGCGUCGUUGUUGUAUUCUGCGUUUGCUUUUUUCUGUGUGUUGGUUACUUUUUCAUCUUCCUUUUGGUUGUGAAGCCGUUGCAGGCGUUUGUUAUGACAGUUGCAAAGUGGAGUUCCCUUGCUGUUUUCGCUGUUCUCGCUAUUUUUUUUUGUCCUUUUCGUCUUUGUGCCAUCUGAAGCCGUUGAACAGGCGUUUGUUGUGACUGAAGUUGGACGAAAAAUCGUUACAGGAGUUCCACCAGGAGAGGAAUUUUUUUUUUUCUUUUUUUUAAACCUUCUUCAGGUUUUUCGCUGUUCUCGCCAUUUUUUUGUCCUUUCCGUCUUUGUGCCUUGUCUCCCGGGGUAAUUUUGACUGCCUUCGCAUUUGGAACCGGUCCAUUCCCGAGCUUUUAACGCACGCGGUUUAAUAAACCUGAUUUCAGUGACUGAAGAAUAAAUUCUGGGCGAAAACCAUCGUUACAGAAUACAGAUCGCGAAAUCCACUAUCGAUAGAAUCAACGUUUUCAGGUUAUUGAAUCAAAUUUCUGUUGAUUUUUUGCCUACCAUUUUUCUAUUUAAACAUUCUUCAGGUUGUUAAUGAAAAACCAUGUGAUGUCGUCGCCGUGAAGUCUUAAUUAGAAUAACAAAGGAAGACGUUUUGAAACAAAAACCUUUAAAUGGCAGCUGGCCUGGACAAUCUGUUGACGGAGGAUAGAUAUUGCAUCGAUUCAAACGACCGUCCCCCUCCGGGAAUUUCAUCCAAGGAUUUUUCCGGCGGGGGGCUCCUCAACGGAAUUGAUGGCAUAAAACGUAAAGAAUUUGAUUUUCAAACGACGGGAAUUUGAUUUUUUUCCAACGUAACUAUCUAUUGUGGUAAUCACCCUUUUUCAUGCAGUAUACUGUACGUAUCUCCUGAUUAAAAGUCUAUUGAGCUGUUUAAUUAAAAAUGGCUAAAAGAACUUGCUGUUUUCUUUCUUGCUCAACAGGAAGAACACGAUCACUUACGAAAACAACAAGAAGUGUUGCUUAAGAGACUAACACAGUCCGACACUAGUAAUGAGGUAAAUUUCUCAGUUAUUUUAAGAACCUGAGAAUGCUCCCGGCCUCGGUAAUCGAAUCCGCGAUCUCCCGCUCUCCAGUUAAGCGCUCUACCGACUGACAACCGUCAACCGUCAACCGCCAACCGUUUUGGGUGGCCACUUGACCAUACGAGAUCCAUACGAGGAGUCCUGGGUCUGUGGGUGUUGUCAGGUAUAAGAAGAUCAGAGGACAGCGGCGGCACCGAAAAAGUUGCUUGAAAAGUGAAUUCGCCUUCUUUCAAUCUUCAUCGCGAUUUUUCUCCUGGAGUUGAAUUCCCAGGAACCAUAUCCAAGUUGAGAAAGAGAAAGACAAUUUCGACAUUGCUUGUUUAGGUCUUCCACAAAAGGUGAAAUCAGGCAUUUUCCCGUCUUAGUCGUGCAGUGACAGCAACGAAAUGUACAAAAAAGUUUGCAGCACGUGCAGACCUAUUAUAAAACUAUUCCUUUUUCUGAAGUAAAGUUCUCGUUGCCGUCGCCGUCGUCGCAUCGUAACGUCCCUAUUACCUUCCACGACAUCUUGACGUAACAGUAAGCGGCAUUCGCAAUUAGUCUCCUUUUUUUCUUAGCGUUUGCAGGUGGAAGUGACUGAGAGAGACAGACAAAUAGAAACGUUACUGGCACAAGUAGAAGCUGAUAAGGUUGGUGUGAUUCUAGACAUCUUAGCCAUUGUUGACACUAUACCAAAAUCGGAUACCUUUUCGUACCAACACGACAAGCUAGCCGGUGUCGUGUGAACACCGAUCGAUGUAUGACUCUUCACUAUAGAGAUCUACGCGGCGCACCGUUCCUAAAACCGCGCCAAAAUCACCUUUUUAUGUGUGAACAGAAGCCGUAUCCAGUAUGGUUUUCCUGCCGGCGCGAAAGCUAUCCGGUAUAAUGAGAACUUAGCCUGGUCAGUGUAAAAUUAUAACAACACUCAACGUGUACCUUAUCUUCAGUUUAAAGAGAGUUUUCCCGAAAAUGCCGGGUUAAGACAGAACAAUUCUAAAGAGAUAGCAAACACACUUUGGAAGGUAGAGAGUAAGAACUCAUACAUUAUCUUUUGUUUAUUUGUUUUGUUUGGUCUACGUUACAGGAUCAAGCCGUUGCGUUUGAAGACCUCAAGAAAACCAUGGAAACAACGCGAGCCCAUCUUCAAAACCAACUCCGUUCUAAGGAAAUGGAGUGUGGCAGACUGUCGGUACAGAUUAGGGUAAGGAUUUCUCUAAUAUAGCUUUUUUAUUCUUCGAUAGCAGAAUUGAAGAUGGUAUUAGAAAUAAAGUGUUGUUCCCGUAUUCUGAAAUACUGGCCUACGAACAAGCUCUUCAUUGGGGGAUAUCGCCAGAAGUCACGCGCGCCCGGGACACGAGAAGAGACGAAGAAGCGCAAUAUGGCGUUCUCUUGCGGCUUGCUUCGCCCGACACUCAAAAUGGAGAGCUUGCUAGCAGGCUACGAAAUACCUGUUAUCGAGUCGAGAUUUUGCUUGGAAUCAUAUUUUAUCUUAGCCUGCAUUUCUCGCCCGUAGCGGAAGGCAAUGAAGAAAGUUUGAGAGGUGGCUGUAUGCGUAGGUUACACUUCCCUUAUGUAUUUUUUUUCUUCUUCUUUUUUUCUAGAGCCUUGAAGAUCAAUAUGAACAUGGAAGAUUAGAAUUGGAACAUAUGCAGGGUUUAAUCGCCGCACAAAGGGUAGCUAUAUAAUACGUAUAUUUGUUUUGCCCUAGUUUUUUUUCUCUCUCUCCCUCCCUUCUCUUCUUCAUUUUAACUCAUUAAAUUUUUGUACAAGUGGCUAAAUUGGCAAUAGCUCAUUACAAGACUCACUGAAGAGAGGUCCUUUCUGUGUCUGCUACAGAACAGUCAUUGUUUCUUCACGUCUCUUUCUAAAUUACAUGCUACACGUGACAGACGUGACGUGUUUCGUUAGCUUUACUCCCCCAGCAUUCUGGAACCUUUUCGUACUCGCUCAUUCAAGGAAAAAUUGUAUUACGUAAAACUUGGUUUUACGGCUCUGGUACAGCGUAGAAAUCAAUAAGCGAUUUAAACCGAGAAAAUGCUAAUAAAUAUGCAAAUUGGUUUCUUUUGCAACAAUAUCUCGUUUAUAUUCUACUUUCAUCGCAUCUUGCUUCUCCUCAGGAAAAAAACGGCAGAGAAAAAGACGCUCUCAAGAAAGCUGCAAGGUAAUUGAAAGGGAGCAGACUAAAAAGGCUUACUAGUUAGAUAAAGCACCACGCCAGCGGCGAACGUCAGCAAGCCGUUUGUUGUAAGCUUCCCGUCGACAGAACUGGAAACUAUGUACAAAAAUUGUCUAGAAUAUUUGAAAAUUAGCUACUUUUUUAGGUAUUAAACUAAAUGUUUUCAUAUUUCUUAAUUUUUGUUUGAAACUAAGUAAAACACGUAUGAUACUCGGCAAGUGUUCUCGGUCGCCAUUCAUAGUGACUGGACAAAAUAUACAGAGAAGUUGUCAUCUUUUUUCGCUCGAAUUUCAAACUCUUUUAGCUUUACAAACAGUACCUGUAGAAGAAGGAUGAUAAACGAAACAUAGCUCGAUAAAAACAAGAAAUGGUCGUUAUCCUUCUUGCGCUGAAGCGGCGGCCGACACACGAAGGAAAAAUCAGGUCUUGUGACCCUCUCUGCCGUUCGCCGGGAAAAAAAUACGCGGUGAAUGUAAAAGACCACCCUGCGAGCAAACAGAACCUCCUUUAGUCUGAGAAAACAGCCGACAUUUGGCGACGCUACCAUUGGUUUCCCCUCCAAAUGACAUCUGAGAAACGAGCGCAGAAAUUCCAUACCGAUGACGCGUCACUACCCAGAUCUGGCUAGUGCUUCUGAUUGGUUGAAUCAAAUUUCUCGUGCGACACGACCAAUCAGAAGCACUACCCAAAUCUGGGUAGUGACGCGUCAUCAGUAUGGAAUUUCUGCGCUCGUUUCUCAGACGUCAUUUGGAGGGGAAACCAAUGGUAGCGUCGGCAAAUGUCGGCUGUUUUCUCAGGCUAAGCCUACUUUUGUGUUUUUCUUUACUGCCGAAUUCUAGCAAGCGAAAGAAAGGCUUUGCUUGUAGGGUGGUAAAAGACUUGGAUUCUAUUCAAUUUCUUGCGUUUUGAAAUAACACUUAGGUUUCUACCGUGUGCUACAACUGAGCAAAAUUGUUGACAUACUUUUUACAGGGUACAGAAAGACCGUGUGAGUGAGAGAGAAAAGGAUUUAGAAGUUUUACAAGAAAAGUUAGCUGAAAAGGUACGGUAUUCGGCUGGUUAAAGAGUGGCGACAAAGUUCAGCUUAGAGGGUUUCUCUUGCAACAAAAUUUCUAAAUAUUUUCGUAUUUUUAGGAUAUCGCGCUGAGUGAGACCAGGAGAGCAGAAGCAAGUUUAAAAGAAGAAAAAGGCGACGCUGAUCUGGAAAUUAGAACAUUAAAAAGGUAAAUGAACCAACAAAGUUGUAGGUACCAAGGAACCUUGUCCAUUUUGUAUCAUUCUUGAAAAAGCCUCAACAACAACGUGCUCAGCCUCAUCCCCAGGCUCUUUCUUUCUAUCCAUCCAAUGUAUGGGAACGAGGUUGCCGAUACGGACUCUAAUUUCUCCCCCCGACCCUUCCCGAGUGUCAUUGUGUUACAGUCCAUAAUCACUGUUUUCUUUAUCUGUCAGUCGCAUGAAGGAACUUCAUGAAUUAGUGGAGACCACAGAAAAAGCUUCCCAGGUAACAUGAUCAGGCUACUAUACAGCCAUUGAGCGAGGCUAAUUCGGCUUUAUCAUUAUACUCUAAACUGCCGCUCAUAUCCCCACAUAUCACUGCCGAUAGCUUGUUUCGAAGCGCCUUUUCUAUUACGGUUAUAAACCCCCUCGAAUAAAAGCACCUCCGUUUGUAAACCCUUCUUAAACCCCUUACGAAGAUGUAUAAGCAACAGUUAACGUUUGCCCAGCUGAACUUUGGCUUAACUCUGGAAUCCUACUUGAAGGAAAUAACCGAUAAAAAAAAUGACUAUACUGACGACGGCAGAACAUCGACAUGUCAGAUGGAACAGGUACAACGUCAGAAACUAGCGCAACACUUUGACCACAUGGACAGCGAGCAGACGAAAGUUGAUUUUUAACCAGUGUUACCAGCCAGAGUCAUCUGUUUCCAUCUUAUUAAAACUGAUCGAUAUAGCUGCUCGGAAAUAGAACGUGCAGUGAGAUUUUUUGUUGUUUAUGUAAGUUGUAGAAACAUAAAUUUUGAAAAAAGGAAAAUAGGGGGUUUUCAUACUUCGUAAUAGGAGCGGGAGAAACUUGGAUCUACCAAUAAGGACUUAGAAUACCAACAUGAUUAUAAUUUUUUACUAGUCCAUACUUUGAAGGCGUCCCCGACAACUGUUUCCUUUUCAACACUGGGCAUUAGUCUAUAUUUAUUCUAGAGAUAAAGUAACUAAGUGGUCAUUUAAAAAAAAAAAAAUUGUGUGAAUGCUUAACACGAUUAAAUGGAGUCGGAAGCGAGAAAAAAUUCCAUUUUCUGGCUCACCCACUGUCUUCUCCUACCCCGAACUUCGCGCUCACUCUUGUUUCGCUUGCCAAUUGCUACUUUCCUUGAAUUUUGUGUAAUGAGAAUAGAAUGGCUGUGAACAGUCAUUUGCUCUAAGACUUGCUGGAAUAGUCAACCCAUGAGCCGCAGUAACGGAAACAGAUCCACAUUUAAUUUAUAGCUGCUUCAAGGGAAAUCUGUUGGCAAGAACUGAUCAACGUUUACCUUUGUUUGUUGGUUUCAGAGUAACAGCGAGACCUUAACUGCUAAACUGAGUACAAGAACUCAAGAGGUUAACACUCUCAGACUGGAAAAUGAACAACUCAAAGUAAGUAAAUAGGAAGGUAACCUAUCCUUCUGGAACACUGAGCCGCAACUUUGAAUCCGCCAGAAAACCAAGUUAAUGUGUCAUUAACAAUGCCUAUAAGAAAGAGACAAAAUCUUGUCACAGUCAGUCUUUAUUCAGAUUAAAACUGCGUUUUAGCAAGGUACAGUCGAAGCUCUCCUUGCGACCACUCUCGUAAACGACCAGCUCUAGUUACGACCACCUUUGUGAAACCCCGUUUGAACUGUAACUUUAACUGGGACCGCGAUCACUUUUGGUAUUACCCAACUGGACUUUUCUUUUGUUUUUAGGCUCUCGUAAGCGACCACUCAACUCAUUCUUGCACCAGUAUUUAAAAAUUGGACCUAAAGUGUAGCCGUGUUUUUUUCUUUAUGAAUUAUUAAUGAGUUUCUGAAGCUCACGUAAGCGGGCCACCCUCUAUUGUUUUACCAUGCAGUCGCUAACGAGAGCUCAUUACUUGGGCGGAGGGCCAAGUAAAGGAUUCGCGACGCUCAAGAAUGUCGCAAAGUUGCUCACGAAGUGAGACCGGAAUUGCUUCGAGAUACCUCGAGAGGAUAAAUAGAAAAACCUCAGUACAACUUGCACGUUCGAGAUAUUUUGAACCAGUCAGUUUUUCAGACAUUAAACGAUUUAAAUUUAUUUGUAGAAUAACAGUUAACGUUUACAAACGACCCGGGGUUUAAACCGAUUGUCACUGGCGAUUUAAAACGUGAUUUUGAAAUUAAACGAUUGCAUUAGACCUGCAAAACAGUCCGUAUUUUUCCGUAUUCGUUGUACGCGCGAGCAGUCAAACAAAAGGUCUGGAAUGAGGAAGAAAACAGAGAGCGAGACUGGGGAGAGAAAAAAAAUACGACGGUUUUUUUUCUUUCAGUUACACCAUCUAGACAUUUACGAUUCAAUCUCAGCAAAAUAAGAUCUUACAUUGGAACGCGUUAUUUACAAACGAUUUACUGAUUUGAAAAAAAAAAACAAACUAAAUUUUGAUCACGAAUAAACACCGCAUUGGAAAAGCUAAAAAUUUAAUAAAGGCGGCGGCGGUUAAUCGAAUAAAUACCGUAAUAUCUUGCACUGGUUGGUUUCGUGCGGGAAAUGGAAGAAAAGGGGGAAGAAUAAUCGCUUGGUUCAACUGAAAAUGAUUAAAACAAUAAAAUUAAAAUGGUUUAAAAUGGAGCAAGUGGUGAAAGUUACUUGGUUUGCCGCUAUCUUGACUUCUAGUUUUAUUAACUUAAACGAUGGCCACAACGGCUACAAGCGUUGGUUCACUUGCUUCUUAGCAAAAAAAAAGUCAAAAAUCGAUCAUUUGUGAUCUUCUGAAAGCAUCAAGGAAAGGGCAGGCUUUGAAGUUUUUUGUUGCUGUUGCUGUUGCUGUUACUGUUUACAUCGUGUUUGUACAGCAAAGUAACGAGAGAUACGAUCUCGCCAAAAAAUGUGGCGUCUCCUAUCAAUCUUGUUCUCACAAGUAUCUCUUUUUUAAAGGCUGACAUCGCUGCAUUAGAAGAGCGGCUUCACGAUGAAGAACAAAGGGCCUCUAGCAAGGUAAGACCCUGCUGAAAAUAUUGUCCGCUGCUUUGAAUUUUUCGAGGUAGGUUUUCGGUGUUUUCGGAUGGUGCAUCGCCAAAUGGCAUGGGCUGCAACGAGACAUUUACCGACGAUGAUAAGAAACACAAUCAAAGCUUUGCCGACAACGUGUUAUACUCGCGAGCACACAGGUUUGUAUAACUGACAAGUGACAAAUAACUACAUACGUGUUUGUUCGCUUUCCUGUCGCCGUCUUAAACAAGAAGAAAAGCACGCAAAGCAGGGAUAAUUUGCUUUUCAUUUUGUUUUUCAUCAUAAACCGCUUCAAAAAAGAGGCUGAAUUGUUAGGCUUUGGUUUAAAGGAUUAUUAAAAGCAGUGAUUUGACAAUUUUGUCGAUGUAGCAUCUUUUGAUUUACUAUUCAUUCAAAAUAUUUCUCCGUUUCUAAUUGGCUCAAAUCCUUCCAUUAAUUCUCCAUAACCAGCUAACAUGGACCAAAUUAGGUAGAAGUUUUGCGAUGUCUGAUAAAAUGAUGUCAAUAGUCCAGACUAUCGCCAGAUAAAUGCACAGCAACCGAGAAGCCCUGGGAACGAGGUUAAACGGAACAGCAGCUUGCUAGUGUAUUGCUUUUACUAUCCCUGCUUGUAUUACUGGGUGUUCUUUGAAAAUAUACAACUCCGAAUUAAGAUAAUUUAAACGAAUUUAGAGAAAUCUAACUCAGAAUUCAAACGUUUUUGUUCAUUAUGAUACAUUCCUGCAAACAUUGAUAUGAGUGAGGUCUAAUUUUUUACGAGCUUCGACUGAUGUCACAAAUUUGAUAGGGGUGUAACGAUUCAUAUUCCUUGCGAUUCAAUUCGAUUUCAAUUAUUGUCUUUCGAUUUCGAUUAUGUAAAUGUUUCUUAAUUCUUAUAACAUAACGUGUAAUGUUAACAACAUGCAACCCUAAACCCUCAAUUUGAGAAUAGUAACAGGGACAGGAGGAUUCACAGUCGCUUGGUUCGUCGCCAUGUUUGAGAACCUGACAAAGAUGGUUUGCCUUAUUUGGAAAUUCUCAAGGGGUGGUUGAAGGACAGCAUUUUUACCAGGCAAUACAAAAUGGCGCACGAACUCCUAUCGUCUUUGCUCGUCAAUCAAAAACGGACAUUUUAAAGGGUUCUGGAUUGUGAUUUUACAUUAUAAUAACUCACUGAGGGCACCCUGGAAAAGGUAUGCAAAAAUGGAAGCAACGAAUCGUGAAUCGAACCGAACGGUCAUAAUCGCGAUUAAUCGAGAAUUCGAUUAAUCGACUUGACUUCAGUGGGGCUGAAUAAUGGCUCUGAGGGCAAUGAAGAAGAAAAAGAUGACUAGGUGGGUCAGAAAUAGUUUUAAUUAGGUGCACACUUGUAAUCAUUAGAAGGGAUAGCUAGUGCCAGUGUAGUUAGCUUGUUAGUGAGUCAGUUGUCAUGCAUGUGACAGGUCAAAGCGGCUCAAGAAAAGGUCACAGAUUUAUUAACAAACAUGAAGCAUUAUGAUGAAAUGGUGGAGCAGUACAAAUUUAAGGUACAGUAAUGAACAACUUUUUCGCUCAGAACUUGCUUCUAGUUGCAUAAUAUGCAUUUUUGCCCAGCUCAGUGUUCUAAAGAAAGUUUUUGCAAAGUGCAGUUGUUUAUUUUUCACCGUUUUUAGAGAAUGUGAUUUUUUUUCCUCUCAAGGCUAUGGUCCUUAGUGUCAAAUCCGUCUUGAUCGUCACUUAUCUAUAGUUGAAGUACAUUUUCUGCACAUUAGCAACUUCUAAGCUUUUUAGCGGGAACACAAAGUGGUGCAGACUCGCAACCAUUUCCCAACGGCUUAUAACAUCCGCCGCUGACCCUAGUGCCCGCAAGUGAGGAGUCAGAUUUCUUUGUAACGUGUGCAUGUAUCUUUAUCACGGUUAGGUGAACACAUCAGAAACAGAAGUUAGUCAUCUUCACGAUAGCGUCAGCGAGUACCAAGCGAAGAUAGAGCAGCUUAGAAAACAGGUAGAUGGUUCGAGUAAAAAGCCGGUAUUCAAACCGCUGAACAGUUAGAUGUAUUAUCAGUUCAUGCCGUACUUUUCUUGAGAGUGAAUGCGAUGUGUUUGCUUCUAAAUAAAUCAGAGUUUUGCGUUUCCAUGGAUUGUUUAAGUGUUCCCUCUGUUUUAUCCAGCUGCGCAACUCUAAAUUGUCCUUUGAAUAAAUAGAAAUGUACGUGGAAACAUAUCUUGCGUCGAAAAGAAGGUUUAACAGACGCCUUACUGAUUUAUUGUUUAUUUAUCAUAAGUUUAUGGCUGUUUCGAAAUCCCUAAACUUUUAGCACCCCGAAAAAAACGUUCGCAUUUACAGUAAUUGUUUGCGUAGCUCACGUGACCAUUCCGAGCGUUUCGUUUGGCUAUCCGACUUUCCGCCACUUUUAGCAAAGCAAUAUCAACGGUUAGCUGUAGAAAUGAUCAUGAAUGCUUUGCGAAGAACUUUUCAGCGUAGCAAAUACAGUCGACUCCCGAUAACUCAAACCCUUGUUAACUCGAACCAAAGUCGAUUUCCCCUAGAUUUCCUUCAUACAUUUACUGUAAUUUUAUCCUCGGUAAUUCAAACCUCCCUCUAACUCAAAGUAAUUUUUGUUCCCCUUCAGAUCAUUUUUAUAUAAUUUUACCCUCGAUAACUCGAACCAUGUUUUAAGCGCGUGGCAAAUUGAAAAAAAAGAACUUGUUCUUCAGUCUGACAAUUUAGUUAUCGGAAGUCGACUGUAAGAAGAAGAUACGAGGUCACUGAUUAUGAUGUUUCAACAGAGUUUGCCUUUCUACAAGGUCUGCAAGACACAAGGGAAAGGAAGUCACGUGACCAAGCGGGAAUGAUCACGUGAGCUAUACAAAAAUUCAAAUGCGAACACCCAUUUUUGGGGAGAGGGGUGUUAACGGUUUAUUGAUUUCGUUAGUAUUGCAUGCCAUCAAAUCUGUUUUGCUCUUUUUUAAUGUCACUGUACAGCAUCGAUCUGACAAAGAUGAAAUUAAAAAUCUGAAAGUUUGCUCCGGGGAGUACGAAGUUAUGCUUCAUGAAUACAAGAACCAGGUAGAUGACAUGUAGAUAAUACAGGCAACAGGAGGCACCACUCAGACAGAAGUACUUAGCCAGUAAAGACAACAUUAUAUGCUAUAUUAUUGAAGUGAUAUUUGCUCAUAUUUCCCUGCCGGUUCACAUUAUGAGAAGCAAAACCUUAGGAAAAUUACCAUCAAAAGAAACGAACAGACAACAAGACAAAAGUAUGAUCUAUUAUGUGGUAAGAGGAAUCCUCUAAUCAUACGAAUCCACGCUCCAACUAUGUUUGUUCACUCAGAACAGCUCAGCGAAUUCAAUAUAACUGAGUAUUAAAGCACAGGAUGCCUAAUGAAAUAUUUAAAUCGAGAUUAUUGGUCGUCUCGUGAGGAAGUUGAUUUGUUUUGGCCUAGUAAUCAUUACUAAGACAACACAAAUCACAUUGCUUACUAAGUAAUGAUCGACUCUCCUUUUGUAGAUUUUUAUGUUUAUGCCGACCAUUAAGUUUUAGAAUAAGUCGUUUUAGAAUAGUUACAAUAAUGAGGAAGUCUGUUAAAUGUAGGCAAUUGAGGGAGCUAACGUCCCUUGGAUUUAUCUGGCAGAUAGUAAGUUACGAGGCGGAAAUAAAUAACUUGAAGGCAAACGUCAAUCAUUCAAAUCAUUUGUUGGAGAACCACAGAACAAGGGUGGGUAUAGCGAUAAAAGGUUAAACUAGUCCCCAGUCUACCAACCGGGCGCCGAGUUAUGCACAUACAGGACUCCAUGUGCUGUCUAAUGUGCUAAUUGUCUUCAUUUGUUUUUAUGGCUGGAAAUACCACCUUAAAAUGAUACGAGAUCGUGUUUUAGCGGAAAAAUGCUCGGUGAAUUUGGAAGGCUAUUCGGCCACACCCUUUAAUAUGCUCUUUUACUGAAAGAGAGUCGAAUUUCCAUUGUAAGCUACCAUCUCCCAUAUACGACCAACUCUCCAAAACCAAAUUUGUUUCAGUCAAGCACAACGGUUGGAACCUACCGUAAGCGACCGCUACCACGUUCAUGUCCAAUUUUCCAUUGUUUUCACCCUCUUGUAAGCGACCACUUGGAGUAUGGUUUGAUCUCUUUGUUGGCUGAAAGUCCUACGAGAGAACUUUUACAAGUAUUGUAACUUACAAAUUGCAUGCUUUGAAUUCUCUUCCAAAAUGUAGAUGUGUUUAGAACUCUUCUAGGAGGAGACCGUUUGUUAGGGACUUUAAGAUUCAACAACGCGACUGCAACGAGAACGUGUAAAAAAAACAAUGACUUUAAUAAGCAAAACAACAACUUUGCACGUGCAUCAUGAUUUUUUGUACAUUUCUUUGCCGUUUUUGCACUACUACGACGUGAAAAUGCCUAAUUUCGUGUUUUAUGCUUGGGGAACGCAAACAAGGAACGACGAAAGUUUACCUCGCUUUCUGAACUUGAAUAUGGUCUCUUGGAAUUCAAAUUCAGGAGGGUUCGCGUACAUUUGACAAAGCGAGUGAGUAGGAAUAAUAGCGAUGUAGACUAAAAGAACACAAAUUCACUUUUAAAGCGACGUUCUCUUUUCUGUUGCGUCGUUGGAUCUUAAAGUGCAUAAUAAUUAUCGUAAGCGACCAGUAAGUUUUCGUGUUCUGGGUGGUCACUUACUUGGUGUUCGACUGUAUUUCUGUUUCUGAUCUUGUCAUACUUAUUCAGUUUACGUACAGCCAAGCUGAAAUUGCUCAGCUCCACGUAGCUGUUAAGGAGGACGAAGAUAUUAUUCGCGAGUAUAAAGUACAGGUAGGGUAGAUAGCGAGAUAGUCCAGUAAUCUGUAAUAUGCAGGGAGUGAGGUAUUAAAGAUAGAGUAGUUUGGAUGAUAAUUACCAAGUUAUUCUUUUUUGUUUUGUUUUUGUUUUUGUUUUUGGCGUCGUUUUGUUUUUAUUUUUUGUUUUGUUUUGUUGUGAAUGAGAAUGCAGCAGUUAAUUGGAAUCUUCCACUCAUAUACGCAGGCAUCGCGUUGUUGCAACAAGCAAACGUUAAAAUUGUAAAACAAGAAACCUUCCAAACUCUUGGAAGUUCUAAAAUGGUGCUUGUUGCAACCAAUCUCCUUUUAAAGGAAAAUGUCCCUUCUCCUCGCCUGUCUCAGAACACGACUUCUUGCUAUCGAUAUGACAUGAAGUUUGAAACGCAACAGCCGGCCUGAAUUAAGGCUGCUUCAUCUUAUUCGCUAUCACUACACGUCACAGCGUUGAAGAGUGCAGACGUGAGAGCACGCGGCGUCCUGUAGGUAAAUUACCAGGCAUCCAUGCAACCACGCCUCUGACGUACAAGUAUGCAGACGAUCGAGGUCAGGUGUUCACACCGCGCCGGUCAUUUUCGACGGCACCAGCUAAAACGUCGCACCAGCUUUUAAAAAGAGCGUCGAAAGUUCUCGAUUUUUACCGUGGGUCAAAUGAGGAACGCCAAUAUGAGACGCAUCCUCUGCUCCCGCCCCGCCCCCUUCGCUCCCUCCCUUCGUGCAGACUGAUCGGAUAUGAUGAAUUCAUGUGCUGGAAGUUCAGAUAUAUUUGUUAACCUUCGACUCCAUGACUUCCAACUUCAUUUGCCUGGGCUCUUCUACCACUUUGCGUUCAAGUUCUUCGUAGAGAAUCGAUACCGUUAUCUUCGCUAAAUUAAACAAGCCCCUCCUUCCCCAUCAAACGUGCUUGAAAUAAAUAAGUCCAGGGGCCCAGGUAGUUUGCUACACAGCCGUUUUUAGUGUCGUCUUGCAACAUCCCUCCCCGUUGCGUGACGACACUAAAAACGGCUGUGUAGCAGAAAAGGGCGCAGGGGGCUUUAUAGAGGAUUUACGAUAUUGUUAUUUGUCAACAGAUCGACAAGUAUCGUAGGGAAGCUGAAGAAAUGAAAAAUAGACUGUAUGAGUACGAAGCGGAUACACAACGAAUGCAACAGGAAAAUGCUCUGGAGAACGAAAAGGUAAAAAUCACAAGUGUACAUGUUUGAAUGACUCACAGACAAGAUAUUGCUUGGGACAGGAGCGGGGAAGGAUGUAAGUUUCUGUUCACAUGCACUAUUAAUACGUAUAAGCUUAUACUUAUAUUUUAUUUCAGGUUAAGCUGAAAAUGCAGCAAAGGCUUCAAGAGCUCGAACCCCUUGCGGAUCUACUGAAGGUAACUUUUUGUUUUUAACUCGCCAUGAGGAUAUUUAACAAUUAUUCCUCGAGCCAGAAUGGGCUCUGAGACAAUAGCCCAUGAGGCCGAAGCCCGAUUGCGCUGUUCACUCAGAGGCCAUGAGGACGAGAGGAAUAAUUGUUUUAGUAAGAUCCAACUAGUUGGUUAAAAAUAUCGAGACAACAACUUUGGCUUGCAAAACGCGAUUCAACCGCCAUUGUUUUGGUUUUCAAAGCCGGCGCUUUUCGCUACCUAGUGGGCUAUAACAUAUAGCCUAGUAGUAGCUCAACCAAUCAGAACACAGCGUUGAUAAUGGACCACUAGUUGGAUUUUACUAAUAUUUUUACUUUACUUUGGGUAAAAAAUUUAAAACUGAAUAAUCGCAGGUGAUGUUCGUCUCGACGCGCCUGGAAAUGACAUGGCGAGCUCUCUCCUCCGCAUGGGCUCCCGCACCGAAAGCGUGUCCAUCGUUCCCCGCGCGCUUUCUUUUUUCCCUCUCCCCAGCCCCCUGGGACACAAAGAGGCCGCUACAGAGGAGAAAGCACAUGGCGAAUAUCCCUUUAUGAUUGCACAAGCCAAUUUCUUCAGUUUGUUUGCAUAGCUACAUGUAUGCGACAUGUGACAAUUCUCAUUGGACUGACGAGUUUUUUUCAGCUGUCUGAUUGCCUCGCGUAGAUUAUGACUCGCUAUUUAGAUAACAUACUGAUUUUCCGUUUACUUCAUUAGAGACUCAAAAGUUUCGCUCAGUGCUUCCCUGUACGCAUCCUCUUUCCUUCUCUUUUUGCAACUCAUUGACCGAAACGUAGUUUGUAUUCUAGUUUCCAACAUCACAAGAAAAGGAUUUAUUUCUUGCUGUUUGAAGCCGUUACAGAAAUGUAUAAAGAAAAAACUUGAACAUUCUUUAGGCGGCUUGAGUUAUUGGGAACUAGCCUGCGUGGCAGGCGCAAAAAGAUUAGGGGGAGGGGGUAGAGUGAUAAAGGCGCGAAAGGGAACCUUUCUCCCCAAUCCCUGCCCUUUUUCCUUCCUCCCGAUCCUGUACUUGGUAACUAACUAGGGAGACUUUUUUCUAUUUUGCUAGACAACGGACGUUCGACUGCAAGAAUCUCAAGAGAGGAUGAUGGCGUAUGAUAGACGCUCCAACGAGCAGACUAAGCUUAUAUCUGAGCUGACACAGAAGGUACAAAAUGUUUUGAUUCUGAAGUCGUGAUCGCUCUUGUUAGAGUCUAGUUUGUCGCAUGUUUCGUUUCCAUGCUCCGCCAAGCUGACUUUUCCUCUCUGCCGGAAAGCUUAGGUGGUCUACUGAAUAUUCUCCUGUUGCGAUUACUGUUUGAUCAUGUUAAUUAUUUACUUAAUACAGUCGUGCCUCCCCUAACUAUUUGGGGACCACCUUGUCAAGCAGGGAGUGUCGGCAGAUGGAGCAGGUCGCUUAGGAGAGUGGUUAUAGGAAGCGGAGAUUUGAAACAAGGUUUUUGUCAACCCGGCGCAGAUGAGAAAAUAAAAAUAGAAUCUGAAGUUUGUCGCGAGCUCGAAGCAAAGAAAUUAAUCUGAGGAGUCCCCAACGGGAAUCGAGCCAGUGUCCUUCAGUAGAAUGGUGGAACUCUUUUGCCACUAUGUUACUUGAAGAGUCUACGCGACUUUGCCCAUUCUUAGGUGAUUCGUGUUUAACUCCCACCUUGAUUUGUCUUCCGUAAAAGAAGAAAAAUGUACAAUUACACGCCACUUUUGAGUCCCAAAAAUGACCUGUACUUCUUAAAUAAGUUCAACGGGAGCAAAAGCCUCUCAUGUGAAAAUAUUAUUAGUUUUUUUUUAGUGAGAACAUAAAAUUAUUUUCUUGUCAAAUACUUGGCGUCGCAAUUAUCAUUGCAAUAACUGUCAAUUAGAAAAUGAAACUUGAGGCAAGGCAACUCAGAAAGGCCUAUUUAACUUGUUCGUACAGUGUGUAAUGUUUCGAGACUGAAUUGUCCAAGGAGUGAAUUUGUAAGAAAUGUUAACAUAGAGAAAGUGAAUAUAAAUUCUUGUAGAUUUGUCAGUACCAAAUUAAAGAAAACGCAUGUGUUUUCCUUUCAGUCUAAUAAUACCUCUCUCCGGACACCUCCUUACUGGCCAAACUUCAUCGAACCACUACUUCGAUAUUGAAUACUGUGAGAUGAGUGUGUCCCUCUGGUGUCUGUAUUGAGGAGGUUAGCCGGUGUAGAUCCGCCGUCUCCCCUCAAGGGGUGGGGGGUGGGAGAAGGGUGCGGCUUUAAACAGGCUAAGGAGGUUGGACUGAAGUUCUGUUGUUUGUGUGCCUUUCUAGUUGUCAAUGCCAUGGUGGCUACUUGAACUUCUAGUUAUGAACAUGUAUACGGGCACGGUGUCAAUAUGAAGAUUCUCCCGUCUGUUUAUUUGGAAGUAUUGGAAGAAGAAAACCUCUGAGAUUGAUUAGGCAAUUAUAAUGCCGGAGGAAUUUGGUGUUUGAUCACUACUAGUUCCUCAAGGACUGAAGAAAAUAAACCUCUCUUAAGAGAUAUAUCAUUUGAAAAGAGGGGCAUUAUGGACUCUGGGAAAUCGGGUUUUGUGGACUCGUUGUUUAAGCCCUGGAAGUUAUAUUCAAUCUCCGAUAUGUCUUUGUUCACACUUAAGGUGGAGAUGCAGACAGACCAAUUAGAACAUCUACGGGAAAAAGUAAGAACAGCGCAGGACGAGACUAGAAGCGUUCAAGCAAAGAACGAACUCUUGGAGAGGUUUGUUGACCAAGAACCUUAAUUCCCCAUGUUUGUACUAACAAACCGUUGGAAAACUCCCACCUCUUUUUUUUUAUUUCCAGGAAAUUGUCAGAUUCUGAUCAGCAGAACAGGGAACUUAUUGGUGUGAUCAGCAAGAAAGAGGAGUCUUUAUAUCAAUCACAGGUUCGAUCGAUUUUAGACGUAUGGAAUGUAGUGUCAGUCACUCAAAUUGAAACAAAAUUCCAUCCAAAUGUUUGAAUAGUGUUAGUGCGCGCCCAGACAAGCCAAGAGAAGAUAAAUUAAUUCUUGACAUGUUGAUGAAUCUAACCCACGAUUUACGGGCUAGAUAAUCUUGCCUUCAACAGACCUGAGCUAGGAGGCCAGACUUGAACAGUUCUUAGGUAUUUUGUUGAAGAUCUGUUAGCCGUAUUCCACAAUAGCGAAAGCUCUUGCGCUUUUUCUUGUAUAGCAAUGUUAUUGUUAUGUUUUGAUAAAGAUCACGUUAGCCUGAGAAGCGGCUGUUUUCGCAGGCUACUUACAUCGUACACUAUUGUCAAUGCUUGUUGUCGAUUUGAAUUUAAUAGCAAAGAUUUGAGGAUCUUCGAGCGGAGAAUAUCAGGCUGAAUCAACAGCUGGAGUCAUCAGUGCUCGAAGCUAGAAGACAAGUGGACAGUCAAAAGGAAAAAGCGCUCGUCAAGGUGACAAAAUUAUUUUCCACUUAUAAGAAGUGAGGAAUCUAAAAUUUCCUGCCAUUGAAAUGAAAACAGAUGCUGGUACAGUAAGACCCAUAUUAAGCAGACGCCCUUAAUAGGGUUGUGAUGUCACGGCGUGAUUCGCUUAGGAGUGUACUCGUGAAUGACAAAAUCACAGUUUCCUACAAAACAAAUAUCUUUCCCAGAGCAUUACAUCAAUCCAACCGGCGUUACAAACAACAAAAAUGAACUUUGAAAAGUUGUUAGACUAACAAGUUUUCAAAGAACACAAUUACGAUGUGUUUUUUAAAAUCUUUUUCAAAUUUGUCUAUCUGUGUCUUCUUUUGUAUUUGCCGUGUUCUGUAUUGUUUCUUUUACGGCCUGUUUACAUGGAGGUGGGGGACCCCAUGUAGGUGAGGUAUAUAAUCUCUCAUUUUAAUUUAGUCACGUUCACAGGAUAGGUGAGGUGACCCGCCACAUGUUACCUCACAUAUGUGGGGUCCCCUACCUCCAUGUAAACAGGCCCUUAUUGAAUUGAGCCGUUAUAUUUAUGUUCCUCACAAUUAAGUGGAAACUCUCACUAUUACAGACACCUCCACUGAGGACAGUUUCCUUGGUCCCAAACACAGCCAGCUUCAUACAUACUCUACCUUCAAAUAAGGGACACUUCCCGGCUAUGCAAACACUUGACUUUGUCUCUUUCGGAUCACUUCGAGUCGCCUACUCCCUCAGUGACGUCUGAAUCGACGAGGCGUCCAGUGACGCCACUACCCGAAAAAUGGGUAGUGAUUUUGGUUGGUUGAUUGUCCAAUCGUUCGCAUUAUCUUUGUAUGUAUAUUUAUGAGCAAUUUUAGCGCGACUGUUGAUUUUCCGCGCUUGCUUGGAGUUAAAAAAAAAAUGGCAAUCUUUAUCGUAAACAGCAAAAUUGCCCUUGUCUUUGAAACUAUGACUUGUUAAAUUGAACUACGAAUGAACAGUCAAUGGUGAAUGCAGAGAGUCGGUAGGUUUUCAUUUAGAGUCGCUUUGUGUUUUCGGCAAUAAUUUCGUUUAUACAAAGCAUCAGUGAUCGAUUUUUACGAGAUUUAAAAUUCGAACUGCCGCUCAUUUCCUCCGUAGAAUGUAAUGAUUCUGUUAGCCUUUAAUUCUUGUUUUCUUGCUUUCUUUGUUCGUCGUUGAGGACCAAAUAGCUUCUUUUCAGUUUUAAGAAAAAUUGCAGUGGUUUUGAAGUUUUCCGUGUCAGGUGUGUGUAUUUCAUUGCGUGAUUGAAUAUUGAAUUAUGGCGCUACACAUCAGAUACAUGCAACAAAUUCGUUCAGAGUACUGCAUGCAGUUAACAGUUUGAACGUUAAACAUGAAUUACGAUUUGAGAAUAAAGCAAUUCUGUACCAUGGAGACAUUUCCUGAAGACUUUGUUUUCUUUGCUAGUUGAAAAUCGUGUUUUACUUUUUGCAUGAAUUAAAGCAGAGGAGUAGUGACGUCACUGGACGGCAUUAACGGUUCGUCGAUUCAGACGUCGCUGAGGGAGUGACCGGCUCGAAGUGAUGUCGGAAAUUCUUUCGGAGGUAUUAGUAGUAUAGGAGGGAUGAAAUUAUCCCCUUUUUUGCGCAGGAAUCUCAUUAGCGUGCGCAGGAAUACAUUAACUAGGUGACGUCAUAACCUUUUGUCUUGAUCUCAUGAAUAAAAUGCGCAGGAAUGUCAUUAACUUGCGCAGGAAUCAAUUAACGCCGAUGACGUCAUAACCUUUUGUCUUUAUCUCAUGAGUAAAAUGCGCAGGAAUCUCAUUAAGAUAAGGUCGUGUGCUAUUUUUAGUUGGCUUAGGGUUUCUAGUUACUUUAAGGUCGAUACACGUCUUCGUUUUCGAUUGGUUAGUAAGGAAAUUAGAAACGUUUUCAUUGGUUAAUUCAUAGUGUUUGAGGAGAAAAGUCAAACUUUUUGUGCGACUUAAAAUCACUGAGACGUAACGUAAUUAUGCAAGUCCUAUUUCCUGCUGCUGUGAAUGUCCUAGUUCCGGUUCACUGAUUUUUGGCCGGCAAAUCGUGCAUAUUAAUGAGGGAAAAGGCAAAAUAGCUCUGUUUUACACUGCAAACAAUGUUUUACUUACCCCUCUCCUUUUCACAAUUUUGUUAUUUUCCUUCCUCAAUUUUUCAUUCCCAUUUUUCCCUCCUCCUGCUCCUCCUCGUCAUUUCUAUUGUUUUCCCUCCUCCUCCUGCUCCUCCUCGUCAUUUCUAUUGUUUUCCCUCCUCCUCCUGCUCCUCCUCUUCAUUUCUAUUGUUUUCCCUCCUCCUCCUGCUCCUCCUCGUCAUUUCUAUUGUUUUCCCUCCUCCUCCUGCUCCUCCUCGUCAUUUUUAUUGUUUUCCCUCCUCCUCGUCAUUUCUAUUGUUUUCCCUCCUCCUCCUGCUCCUCCUCCUCUUUUCUAUUGUUUUCCCUCCUCCUCCUGCUCCUCCUCGUCAUUUUUAUUGUUUUCCCUCCUCCUCCUGCUCCUCCUCGUCAUUUCUAUUGUUUUCCCUCCUCCUCUUUUCUAUUGUUUUCCCUCCCCCUCCUGCUCCUCCUCGUCAUUUUUAUUGUUUUCCCUCCUCCUCCUCCUCCUCCUCAUUUCUAUUGUUUUCCCUCCUCCUCCUGCUCCUCCUCGUCAUUUUUAUUGUUUUCCCUCCUCCUCCUCCUCCUCAUUUCUAUUGUUUUCCCUCCAAGUUUAGCCUUUUAGGCCGUUUAGGCCUGAUUUUGGCCUUUCGAGGGAAAACAAUAGAAAUGAGGAGGAGGAGGGAAAACAAUAAAUAUGAGGUGGAGGAGGGAAAAAUGGGAAUGAAAAAUUGAGGAAGGAAAAUAACAAAAUUGUGAAAAGGAGAGGGGUAAGUAAAACAUUGUUUGUAGUGUAAAACAGAGCUAUUUUGCCUUUUCCCUCAUUAAUAUGCACGAUUUGCCCGCCAAAAAUCAGUGAACCGGAACUAGGACAUUCACAGCAGCAGGAAAUAGGACUUGCAUAAUUACGUUACGUCUCAGUGAUUUUAAGUCGCACAAAAAGUUUGACUUUUCUCCUCAGACACUAUGAAUUAACCAAUGACAACGUUUCAAAUUUCCUUACUAACCAAUAGAAAACGAAGACGUUUAUCGACCUUAAAGUAACUAGAAACCCUAAGCCAACUAAAAAUAGCACACGACCUUAUCUUAAUGAGAUUCCUGCGCAUUUUACUCAUGAGAUAAAGACAAAAGGUUAUGACGUCAUCGGCGUUAAUUGAUUCCUGCGCAAGUUAAUGACAUUCCUGCGCAUUUUAUUCAUGAGAUCAAGACAAAAGGUUAUGACGUCACCUAGUUAAUGUAUUCCUGCGCACGCUAAUGAGAUUCCUGCGCAAAAAGAGGGGAUAAUUUCAUCCCUCCUAUACUACUGGUAUUUCUUGUAAUUACGUCUCAUUUUGCUUUGAUUUCGUAGGAGAGAGCUGCACAGGCGCGUAUCACAGACCUGGAAGCUCAACUGAGUCGUGCUACUGCGACAGCGACACAACUCAAAAGAAGUAAAGACGAGGUAAUCUGGCACUAGUAAUACAGUAAUGACGCAAGUACAGGUACAUCUGAUACGCAGUCGCAGUAGCCUGCCAAUCACUGGUGCCUUUUGUCACUGCUUUUCCAAACAGAAGAGUCUAAGCUAAGAGAUCGGAGUUCAUCCCAGAACGUAAUGUUCCUUUUUGUUGUUCUUUAUACGCCCAUCACGUUAACCUGGCAGCUGCGAGAGGGUUUUCUCUCGAGUUUAAUAGACUGCGAGCAGUCUCUUAUUUUUCGUUUGAGUCACAAAAAAUCGAGAGCGCGUUGACGUGAGCGGCAAAGUUGAGGAGAACGAGGGCCGUCGCCCUUUUUCUCUUCACCUCCUCUCUUCCAUUUAACCACAAAUUUGCAUAAUUUUACUUUUUCGCUCGCCGCGCUGACCUUUGAAGAAAGAAGGAUGACUGCUCGUGGUGUACACGUGUAUGUGGCAAGAUACUUUGGUGUCAGCUGCAGGCCGACAGAUCUUCGGCCCAAACCGGAAACUACCCUUGAAAAGUCUUGGCAACCAGGCUACCAUCACCCAUAACUUGCGCAGGAGGCGUCGAAAGGGGUCGGGGAUUUCUCCCUCUCCCCUCCUCCGCUCCUCGCCUUUUUACGCCUCCCACGCGGGCUACAUCACGCAUGCUCCCCAUAUCCGUACCUGAUCCUAGUGUUAUCUUUUACUUCAGGCUGAGCGACGAUACAAUUCCAAGUUAUACGACAUGAGGGACAGAUUGGACCAGGCGAACAGCACAACACGAAGCAUGCAAAACUAUGUGUCCUUUCUGAAAUCAUCUUACUCAAACGUAUUCGAUGAACUCGAGUCUCCAAGAUGACCAACAGCAUAGCUAGGAAACAUUUACGGCCUGGAAACGCUUUUUAUUCAUGACAAAAAUGUAUUUAACUUUUUAUAAACUUAAGUGAACGAAAAAACAUGGUUUUAAGUUGUCACUUAAGUUCGUGUAUGUGCUGAAUCACUUUCAUUUAUGUUCAACUUACAACGUUAGAGUACUACAAGCGAUAAUGUAUAUAUUAUUCAUCAUACCUUACUGAGUGAAUUUCACUUUUUCCGUAUUUUCGAUCAUUUCUAUUCCGUCUUACAGUUUUAGGUAUUUAUCUUCACAAAAUAUCAGUCAAACAUCCAUCAUAUUACAGGACAACCUUGUGUCCUUUUGGCAACUUUCCCUGUCCAUUUUUUGUUUCCUCUGCGUUAGACAUUUCAAGCGUACAUUAUGUAAUUCCCUAGAUUAGUUUAUGUCAUACGAAUUUAAAGGUAAAUUUUACAUGAUAUUUUAGUUAAUUUUUCCACUUUUUAAGAAAAUCUUGGUACG